CAUUGCAUGCUUUCAAGAUCGUAUUUUUACUUUACCAUAUUCAUUCUUUUCCGAUUAUACUAUCUGGGUUCUCUUUGUUUUCUCAUUCAAAUUUCUGGUUGAUUAAUUGAUGUAAAAGAAGACAUGGGAAGAGUUUUCACUAUCACUCUUGAAGGAAACUUCUAUAGCUGCAAACAUUGCCAGACACCUUUUGCCCUUGCUGAUGAUAUCGUUUCCAAGUCUUUCCAUUGCAGGUAUGGGAAGGCUUAUCUUUUUGAUAACGUUGUGAAUGUCACCGUCGGAGAGAAAGAAAAUCGGAUGAUGAUCACUGGAUUGCACACUGUCGUCGACAUAUUCUGUGUUACGUGUGGGUCCAUUGUUGGAUGGAAAUAUGAAACUGCUUAUGAUAAGUCUCAGAAGUACAAAGAAGGAAAGUUUAUCCUUGAAAGGUAUAAGGUGAUGGGGCCUGAUGGAAGCCUCUACUUGGUUGCUCAAGAAGAUGCUGAAGAGUGAAGAUGCUUGAAUUGCUUACUUUAGGAUCGAUCGUUUCAUUUUGAAUUGUACAUUCUUUAUGCUUCAUGUAGUUAAAAUCUGCUACUACCAGUCUUAGAACUUUGAAAAGUUUCAACAGUUAGUUACUUUAAUUGCGAAUCAGCAUUUAGUUUUUCAUCUGUCUUAUCUUCAUGCUGUA